CAAAUUUAUAAUUAUAAUUAUUAAUUAACUUUUUUACCCUUCAAUUUAAAAAAGUUUUUUGUAAAACUAAUUAAUUAAUGAAUAAAUUUUUAUAAAAAAAAAAACCACAAUUAAUAGCGAAUCAAUAUUUUUUAUUAUUUUAAAAUGUAUUUUGAAAAAUUGCUUGAUGAUCCCCAUUUUAGAACAGGUUUGUUUUUAAUAAACAGUAUGGAAGAUAAAAAAUUUGUUAAAUUAUUAGAUAGAAUGAUGAAAGAUUUUGAUCCUAAUCGAAUACAUUUUUUUACCAAUACUGAAAUGGAGUCUCUUGAAAAAUCACUGAAAAUAUCUGGUGAUCAAGUUCAAUGCUUACUAUGUUGUUUAAAUAACUUGCUUAAACAAAUUAUCAGUAAUGUGAUAAAACCUGUAGAAUUAAAAUACUUAUUAAUAAAUUUACUUUCAAUAGAAUUGAAUAAAGUAGACAAGUUUUGUGCGUGCUGGACUGUAAAUGCUAAAGAAAUUGUAACUCGACUUCAACAAAAUUAUAUGCGUACAUUACGAUUAUUGGAUGUAAAUUGGGCUUUGAAUAUUUCUUCAAGUAUAAAAGAUGGUCUUACUGAACCAGAGCCAAAAGCAUUAAUAGAAUUUAAAAUUGAAGACAAUCAAUCUGCUGAUGAUCAAAAAGUUAAACAUAUAUAUUUUGAUUUAGAUAUAGAAGAAUUAAAACAGUUUUCAUCUACCUUAGAAAAAAUAAAACAACAGUUGGAAAAAAAUUCAUAAUAAAAAAAUGUGACAUUUCAAAUUUGUUCAUUUUUAUAAUUUAUUAUAGUUUAAUUGUUAGUUAGAAAUUCCCUGGCUAUUAGACUUAUGAGACAAUA